GGCGACUGAUGAACUUAAUCUUAACUGCUAUAUAUGGUCACUUUGUGCUUAAACUAGCUUAAAGCUACAUUCAACGCGUAUGCGCGAAAAACCGGCAUCAACAUACCCAGCGCGCGCUUCAGACCGUUGAUGGAAAGCGAUCAUAAUCGUCAUACUCGUGAUCACAGUCGACUGUAUAAGAGGACUUCCCCGUUGAGGAAAUUAACCAUGUCUGUGAUACCGUUGCUGUGUCCCGGCAUGUGGCAGGAUUUUGAAUACCCGGACCGGUUCUUGAAUCAGAACAUCGGCCUGGGUACUCGUUCGGCUGAACUGGCGGAGCCGACCAUCUUCGAUCCACAAUUCAACCGACAUCUAUAUCCAUUAUCGCCGUAUUAUCGGCCAUGGGGCAACUUAUUGCGUAGCAACGAGGAAAGCGGCAUAUCCACCGUUAGAGCAGAGAAAGACAAGUUCCAGGUGAUCCUGGAUGUGCAGCAAUUCAAACCAGAAGAGAUCAGUGUCAAGGUCGUCGACAAGUUUGUGGUGGUCGAGGCCAAGCACGAGGAGAAGCAGGACGAGCACGGCUGGAUCUCACGGCAGUUCGUACGCAAGUACAUGGUACCCGAGCAAUGCGAUAUCGACCAAGUGACAUCGAAUCUGUCGUCCGACGGCGUGUUGAGCAUCACCGCGCCGCGGAAGGAUCAGCCGAAGUUGCAGAACGAGCGGCUGAUCAAGAUCGAGCACACAGGCAAGCCGGCAAUCCAGGAAAAGGUGCAGGGGAAGGAGAAGAAGGAGAAAAAGAAGAAAUAGAAGAAAAGAAAUAAAUAUUUAAAUAUAUUACCUCUACUAUUGUAUUCUUAUGAAAUGAAACUCACUUUGAUGAGUGUUGUAUUUUUCUUUAUGAAAGUUCUAAUACAAAUUUGUGUUUAUACUUUUUCAACUUUUGUUUUUAUGAGGUAGUAAGAUAUUAAAUAAAUUUUUCGAUAGAGCAUAAUCAA